AUGGACUUGGAGCCAAUCUACUAUUAUAUGAAACUGCCCAAACUUUUCAAAUGGUCAUACUUUGUUAAAAUAGAAGAUGUCCCGGACGACCUUCAGAAGGAUGUAAUAUUUGCACUGAAGAUGUUUAUACGAGCUGUAGAAGAGUACCCAGAACCUAUGCCUCGUUUGCUGAUGAGCUACCCUCCUGGGUCCGAGGAAGAUUACAAACAUGUUGUGUUCUACUUCAGCUUUGCAAUGCUCGCUACAAGCUCUCGGAAUCCCUACUUCAACCAAGGACCAACCGUCCGGCUGAAGCUGUACCAUACCUAA